AUGGAAGACGAGAGACGUGACACGGCUUUGGUGCUGGGACUGGACUCGAGCACCCAGGGAGUGAAGGCCCUGGUGAUUCGCGCUGAUAAUCUCCAGGUCGUGGGCGAGUGGAGCGUCAACUAUGACCUCGAUCUGCCCCACUACGCGACUCGUGGCGGCGUGCACCACUUCAAGGACAGGGUCGGCCAGAUGGACGAGGGCGAGGUCACCGCGCCCCCUUUGAUGUGGGCCGAGGCCCUCCAGCUCCUGCUUGAGAAGAUGAAGAAGGCCGAUGAAGGCACCAUCUUCGGCCGCAUCAAGGCCGUGUCUGCUUCAGGUCAGCAGCACGGCAGCGUCUACUGGCGCAAGGGUGCCGAAGCCUCCAACCUCGCCCAGCUCCUCAACGAGGCCCAGACCGGGCUCCCCAGCGACCUCAUGCACGCCUUGAAGCACGGACAGGGCGCUUUCUCUGUUCCCAACUCGCCCAUUUGGAUGGACAGCAGUACCACGCCGCAGUGCCGCAGGUUGGAGGAGGCCAUGGGCGGUCCGCAGCGGGUGGCCGAGAUCACCGGCAGCCGAGCCUACGAACGCUUCACCGGGAACCAGAUCGCGCGAGUAAUCGAGAAGCAGCCGCAGGCCUACGCUGAUACGGAGAGGAUAUCCCUGGUGAGCUCGUUCGUUGCCUGCUUGUUCGUGGGGCGCUAUGCGCCCAUCGACAGGAGCGACGGAAGCGGGAUGAACCUGAUGGACAUCCGCACGAAGGAUUGGAGUGCGGAGGCGCUCAAGAUCGCGGCGGGAGACACGUCGGCCGAAGAGUUGGCCGACAAGCUCGGCAACGUGGUGCCUUCCCACAGUGUGGUGGGUAAGGUGGCGCCAUUCUUCCGCGCCAGGUACGGCUUCCCCGAGGACUGCCUCGUGAUUGCUUCGUCGGGCGACAAUCCCAACAGCGUGGCCGGUAUGCGGCUUGGCCUUGGUGAUGUGAGCAUCAGCCUGGGCACCAGUGACACGGCGUUCGGCAUCCUGAGCGACCCCAAGCCAUCGGCAUCGGAGGGCCACAUCUUCUGCAACCCCGUGGACCCCGAUGGCAGCAUGGCCAUGGUGUGCUACAAGAACGGCAGCUUGACCAGGCAGCACUUCAGGGAUCUGCACGCCGGCGGUUCCUGGGACGAGUUCAACGCCCUCCUUCAAACGGCCCCGAUCGGGAACAACGGCAAGACCGGCUUCUUCUUCAAGGAGAUUGAGAUCACGCCUCCGGGCGCGAGUGGCUUCUUCCGCUUCGAUGCCGACGGCAAGACGGUAGACUCCUUCGCACCCGAGGUCGAUGUGCGCGCCGUCGUAGAGGGGCAGUUCUUGUCCAUGCGCCUGCACGCCUCCAACAUCGGCAUGCGGCAGUUCUCGAGCAUACUCGUCACCGGCGGCGGCUCGUCGAACACCAACAUCUGCAAGGUCGUCGCUGACGUGUUCGGCGUGCCUGUCUUCAAGGCGGAGACCUCCAACAGCGCAUCCCUCGGCGCGGCUUACAGGGCUCUCCACGGUUGGCUGUGUCGGCAGCAGCAAGUAUUCGUCCCCUUCAGUGAGGUGCUCUCGGCGGCGGCUCCGUUCACCAAGGUGCACGAUCCCGAUAUGGCCGCGCAUGAGGUGUACACUGCGAUGCUCCCUCGCUACGAAGCACUCGAGAAGGAGUGUCUCGAGCAUUAG